AUGAAUUUAAAUUUAUUUUUAAUAACAUUAAGUUUUUGUUAAGAAAUUUGUAAUUUAUGUAGCAAUGAAGUUAUUUAAACAAGUGUGAACUGUAGAAAAACACAGCGUAUAAUCUGUGUGAAGACAAAAAUACUAUUGAAUUAUGGCUAUCAUAAGAUUUUAUAAAAUACCUGGUUUAAAAUCAGGUCAACUUAAAAAUAAAUUCAAUGAUUUGACUCAUAUAUCAAAUCUAAUAACUGGCUUAGAAACUGAGUUGUGUUAUUAUGUUGAAAUAAAAGAAUCUUUAAGCAAUGAAGAGCUAAAAGUAUUAAAGUGGAUUUUAACUCCUCCACUGGAACCGGAUAAUUUAAAAAAUAAUAGUAUAUUUGAUGAAGAAUUGGAUAGCUAUCUAAUUAUUGAAAUUGGUCCAAGGUUGAAUUUUUCCACAGCAUUCUCCAGUAAUGCUGUAUCGAUUUGUAAAUCAGUACAUUUACAUAAAAUAACUAGAAUUGAAGUCACAACUAGAUAUUGCAUUAAACAUAAUGGUGUAAUUGAUAAGAACGUGGAAAAUGCUAUAAUAGAUGCUUUGCAUGACAGAAUGACUCAGUGCAGAUACCUGAAACCAAUAGAAACAUUUGAUCAUGGUUUUAGACCAGAAAAGUGGUUUGAAGUAGAUAUUUUGAAAAAUGGAAGAAAAGCACUAGAAGAUGUAAAUUCAAAAUUAGGUUUGGCAUUUGACAGUUGGGACUUAGAUUUUUAUACAGAUUUGUUUCUCAACAAAUUAAAGCGCAACCCAACUAGUGUUGAGUGCUUUGAUUUAGCACAGUCUAAUAGUGAACAUAGUCGUCAUUGGUUUUUCAAAGGUUCAAUGAUUAUUGAUGGUGAAGAAAUGAAAGAAUCAUUAAUUGAUAUGAUUAUAGAAACACAAAAGUAUUCAAAUCCAAACAAUACAAUUAAAUUUAGUGAUAAUAGCAGUGCCAUUAAGGGAUAUCAAAUAAAAACACUGCGACCAAAUGAAACUUUUACCUGUAGUCCUUUUUGCUUGGAAAGUGUAGAUCAAGAUCUUAUAUUUACUGCAGAAACUCAUAAUUUUCCAACUGGUGUUGCUCCAUUUAGUGGAGCUACAACUGGAACAGGAGGGAGAUUAAGAGAUAUUCAAGGUGUUGGUAGAGGCGGAUUUUACAUUGCUGGAACUGCUGGAUAUUCCGUUGGUAAUUUGCAUAUUCCAGGAUAUGAUCUACCAUGGGAAGAGAAAAAUGUACCAUAUCCCAAUAACAUGGCUUCACCAUUAGAAAUUAUUAUUGAAGCUAGUAAUGGAGCAUCUGAUUACGGUAACAAAUUUGGAGAACCAGUUAUAUGCGGUUUUGCUCGUUCUUUUGGGAUGACGGAUCAUAUGGGCGUUAGACGUGAAUGGAUUAAACCUAUUAUGUUUAGUGGAGGACUUGGCACAAUGGAUAGUAACAUGUCACAGAAAGUUUCUCCACAAAAAGGUAUGGAAGUCAUAAAAGUCGGUGGUCCUGUAUAUAGAAUUGGUGUAGGGGGUGGUGCAGCAAGUUCAAUUGAGGUACAAGGUGACAAUAAAUCAGAAUUAGAUUUUGGAGCAGUGCAAAGGGGUGAUCCUGAAAUGGAACAAAAAUUAAAUAGAGUCGUUCGAGCAUGCACUGAAAUGGGACAAAAAAAUCCAAUACUUAGUAUACAUGACCAAGGAGCUGGAGGAAAUGGUAAUGUCUUGAAAGAAUUAGUGGAACCUGCAGGUGCAGUGAUCUUUGCAAAGAAAUUUGAAUUAGGAGAUCCAAGUAUCAGCACCUUAGAACUGUGGGGAGCUGAAUAUCAGGAAAAUGAUGCAAUUUUAUGCAAACCAGAAGAUGUUAAUUUGCUAAAAGAAAUAGCGGCGCGAGAAAAAUGUCCUAUUAACUUCGUUGGAACAGUUACGGGGAAUGGAAAGAUCAUUCUUUCAGAAGAAAGUGAUUGUGACGCUUCAAAGUAUUUAAGCGGAAAUUACGAACCGGAAACAAGACAUCCAGUUGAUUUAGAUUUAGAACUGGUACUUGGAAAAAUGCCCCGUAAGACCUUCAAUUUUCAAAGACAAGUAAUAAAUUUCCCUGCUGUGGAACUACCACCAAGUUUAACUGUACCAGUUGCAUUGGAAAGAGUCUUACGUUUACCUUCAGUUGGAAGUAAACGGUAUUUGACUAAUAAGGUUGAUCGUUGUGUUACGGGAUUAAUUGCACAGCAGCAGUGUGUUGGUCCUUUACAUACCCCUCUCGCUGAUGUUGCUGUAACUGCAAUUUCUCAUUUUUCUACGGUUGGUAUAGCAACUUCUAUUGGAGAACAGCCAAUAAAGAGUCUCGUGAAUCCAACAGCAGGAGCUCGUAUGACCGUAGCGGAAGCAUUGAGUAAUUUAGUUUUUGCACGUAUUUCUCAUAUACAGGAUAUCAAGUGCAGUGGAAAUUGGAUGUGGGCUGCUAAAUUACCAGGGGAAGGAGCUGCGUUGUACGAUGCAUGUACUGCUAUGUGUACUUUUAUGAAUGAAUUAGGUGUCGCAAUUGAUGGUGGAAAGGAUUCUCUUAGCAUGGCUGCACGAAUCGGUAAAGAUGUUGUUAAAGCACCGGGAACACUCGUAGUUUCUUGCUAUGUCCGAUGUCCUGAUAUUCAACAGGUAGUUACACCCGAUUUAAAAGCACCUGCUGCAGGAAAAAGUGGUUACAUAUUGUUCGUCGAUUUAUCAGAUGGUCAGAGUCGAAUUGGUGGUACAGCUUUAGCUCAGGUUUAUAAUUUUCUUGGUAAUGAUGUUCCUGAUAUUCGUCAAGUUAGUACCUUUAAAAAUGCAUUCAAAGCUACUCAACGUUUGAUCACAGAAGGAAAAAUAUUAGCGGGCCAUGAUAUUAGUGACGGUGGACUCAUCGUGUGCCUUUUGGAAAUGUGUUUUGCUGGUAUUUCUGGAAUGAAUAUUAACAUCUCUCAUAAAGCAGGUUCACCGCUUGAAAUUUUAUUUGCUGAAGAAAUUGGAUGGAUAUUAGAAGUUGAUAAAGAAAAUCAUAAUUAUGUUUUGGAUAUAUUUAAACAAUUUAACAUUCCUAUAUAUACAAUUGGACGAUCCAAAGGAUUUGGAUUAUCAUCAGACAUAAAUAUCAAAGUGGACGGGAAAACAGUCUUGGAUUCAACAGUUUUAUCUUUAAUGACUUUAUGGGAAGACACUAGUUAUCAAUUAGAACGUAGACAAACGAAUGUUGACUGUGCAUUUGAAGAAUUUGAGGGAUUGAAAUCCAGGACAGCACCAGCUUAUAAGUUAACAUUUAAUCCUGACGUGAAAAUUUUGAACGUUCAAGAAAAUCUAUCUUCAAAUAUUAUGGUUGCCGUGAUAAGAGAAGAAGGAAUAAAUGGUGACAGAGAAAUGGCUGCUUCUUUAAUACAAGCUGGUUUUGAAGUUUGGGAUGUAACAAUGCAAGAUCUGUUACAAAAUAAAGUUACAUUUGAUAGAUUUAAGGGUAUAAUAUUUCCUGGUGGUUUCAGUUAUGCAGAUGUUCUGGGUUCUGCUAAAGGAUGGGCUGCAAGUCUUUUAUUCCAUCCUUCUCUACAAAAACAAUUAAAAGCAUUUAUUUCUCGCGAAGAUACAUUCAGUUUAGGAAUUUGUAAUGGGUGCCAAUUGAUGUCUUUACUUGGAUGGAUAGGAAAUGAACCUGAUGAAGUUGGGAAGCCAGACGUUUACUUAGAUCAUAAUAUAUCAGAAAGAUUCGAAUGUCGAUGGAGUACCGUUAAAAUUAAUAAAUCGCCAUCGAUCAUGUUGAAUGGAAUGGAAAAUAGUGUUUUAGGAGUAUGGGUCGCACACGGCGAAGGAAGAUUUACAUUUAGAAAUAAUGAGGCUUUAAAAAAAUUAAAGGAUAAUCACUGUGUAGCUAUUAAAUAUACUGAUGAUUACGGUAAUCCCACCGAACGAUAUCCUCUUAAUCCUAAUGGAAGUACAGAGGGUAUUGCUGCAAUUUGCUCCGCGGAUGGUAGACAUCUAGCAAUGAUGCCACAUCCUGAACGCUGUACUCAAAUGUGGCAGUGGCCUUGGAAACCCGUAAAUUGGAAAUACAAAAUUUCACCGUGGCAGCGCAUUUUUGAUAAUGCAUAUGCAUGGUGUAGCUCAAAAUGUUAAUGCAUUGUAUUGUUAUUUUAGUCAACGUGUAAAUAAUACAAUUGUACAUUGCUUUUGCAAACUGCAAACUUAUACAAAUUUUAGUAAAGAAUCACGUUUUCUUAAUGUAAAAUUUCAAUUCACUAAAUAAGUCUGAUUUGAAUUAGUUUUCGCUUAAAGUGCCAGUCAUUAUAUGGGUCAUCUUACAAUGUUUAACAAUACUCAGUGCUGUAGGUUACAAAAUUCUUUAUUUUCUACUCUCUUAACAAAGUAUGGUAACAUCGUUUUGUCAAAUAUUAUAAAAAGGUAAAUUACAAUAAAAAUUCGUUAAUAUUUUAUUCAUAUUA